AUGUCUCACAGAAAGUACGAAGCUCCACGUCACGGUCACUUGGGUUUUUUGCCCAGAAAGAGAUCUGCCUCCAUCAGAGGUAAGGUCAGAUCUUUCCCAAAGGACGACAAGACUAAGCCAGUUGCUUUGACCUCUUUCAUGGGUUACAAGGCUGGUAUGUCCACCAUUGUCAGAGACUUGGACCGUCCAGGCUCCAAGUUCCACAAGCGUGAGAUCGUCGAAGCCGUCACCGUGGUCGACACUCCUCCAAUGGUUGUCGUCGGUGUCGUGGGUUACGUCGAGACUCCAAGAGGUUUGAGAUCCUUGACCACCGUCUGGGCUGAGCACUUGUCGGACGAGAUCAAGAGAAGAUUCUACAAGAACUGGUACAAGUCCAAGAAGAAGGCCUUCACCAAGUACUCUGCCAAGUACGCUCAAGACGGCGCUGCCAUCGAGAGAGAAUUGGCCAGAAUCAACAAGUACGCCACUGUCGUCAGAGUCUUGGCUCACACCCAAGUCAGAAAGACUCCUUUGGCCCAGAAGAAGGCCCACUUGGCUGAAAUCCAAUUGAACGGUGGUUCCGUCGCUGACAAGACCGCCUGGGCCCGUGAACACUUCGAAAAGACCGUUUCCGUCGACUCCGUCUUCGAACAAAACGAAAUGAUCGAUGUCUGCGCCGUAACCAAGGGUCACGGUUUCGAAGGUGUUACCCACAGAUGGGGUACCAAGAAGCUUCCAAGAAAGACCCACAGAGGUUUGAGAAAGGUUGCCUGUAUCGGUGCUUGGCAUCCAGCCCACGUCAUGUGGACUGUUGCCAGAGCCGGUCAAAACGGUUUCCACACCAGAACUUCUAUCAACCACAAGGUCUACAGAGUCGGUAAGGGCGGCGACGAAUCCAACGGUGCCACCGAAUUCGACAGAACCAAGAAGACCAUCACCCCAAUGGGUGGUUUCGUCCACUACGGUCCUGUCAACAACGACUUUGUCAUGGUCAAGGGUUCUAUCCCAGGUAACAGAAAGAGAAUUGUUACUUUGAGAAAGUCCAUGUACACCAACACCUCCAGAAAGGCUUUGGAACAAGUUACCUUGAAGUGGAUCGACACUGCCUCCAAGUUCGGUAAGGGUAGAUUCCAAACUCCUGCUGAAAAGCACGCUUUCAUGGGUACUUUGAAGAAGGACUUGUAA